AUGGCUGAAAAACCUGAAGAUCAAGCCACGAUUGACGAUAAGAUCUCUAAAGCUAAAGAAUUUUAUGCUCUUGGCUGUAGAAAUUACUAUGUUAAAUGUUUCACGGAAUCGGCUGACGAUUUAAGCGAGGCUUGUAAAUUAUAUGGAGAAGUUUAUGGAGUAGAUGGCGAUGAGUUGGGCGAAGUUUACUUAUUAUAUGCUAAGGCACUGAUUGCAGUCGGUCAGGAUGAAAAUAAGCUUAUAGAAGUGCCAGAGAAUGAGGACGAGGACGAGCCAGCUGAAGAGUCUGAUGACGAUACAAACGAAGAAGAUCCAGCGAAUGGAAAUUCACCAAAAGACACAAAUGGAACUGAAAAAGUUGAAAACGAACCACAAGCUGGACCAUCGACAUCAAAUGACAAGGAAAACGAGAAUAGUGAUGGUGAUCAGGCACAUGACGACGAUAGUCCAGCAGAUGAAGAUGGUGGGAACUUAGAGGUAGCAUGGGAAGUGCUUCAAAAUGCAGCAUUAAUAUUCCAGAGACAAGAAGAUAAUGGAUUGAAGAAUUUACUGGAAGUUUAUAAUGAAAUGGCAGGAAUAUCGAUGGAAAAUGGAAACUUUACACUCGCAGUCGAUGACUUUACUCGUGCAUUAAGUACAUUCGAUUGUAUAGAGGAAUCAGACAAGAAUUAUCGUAUUGCUGCUGAAAUUCAUUACAAACUCGGUUUAUGUCUUAGUAUGGAAAAGAGUUAUGAUGAAGCCAUUAAAUCAUUCCAAAAAGCUCAUGACAUUAUUUCAGAUGUAAUUGAAAUUGAGCGAUCAAAAGGUGAAACUGAGGAUAUUAUAUCCAAUAUAAAGGAUAUGGAAGAGACUCAACAGGAAAUUAUGAAUAAAAUUACCGAAAUAGGAGAUAUUAAGGCAGACGAGAUUGAACAAGUCAAGAGAGAAUUAGCAAAAUUAUACGGAAUGAAUGGAGCGUCAUCAAGUAGCAGUUCUGCAGAUCAGCCAUGCUCAUCAUCAUCAGUUAAAGCAACUCCAAAAGUAGUUGAAAGUGACAAGCCCAAACCUAUGGAUAUUUCACAUUUAAUUAAGCGCAAGAAGCCUGAUAUUUCAGAAACAACUGUUGAAUGCUCUCCAGCCAAAAAGCAAAUUAUUGAGACAUCGGAAGCUAUUACAGCAGUUCCAGUUGACACUAAAGAGAAAAUUAUUGAGGAACCAUUGAAUGUUCAACCUGCUGUCGAUAACUAA